AUGGGGCCCCCGGGCAAUAGGGGAUCAUGUCCUCACCCACACUCAAACCACACUAAAAAAAGCCUAUGAAAGGUACCAAGGGCAUCUCAUGGGGCCCCCUACUGACCCCGGGCGGGUAAUAGCCAAGUACAAGAAUGGUCAGGGCGAACUGACAACUCAUGGGGCCACCGGGCAAUAGGGGAUCAUGGGGCCACCGGGCAAUAGGGGAUCAUGGGGCACCUGUGUCCUUGCCUAAACUCAAAAAAGCCUAUGAAAAAGGUACCAGGGGCAUCUCAUGGGGCCCCCUACUGACCCUGGGCCCUCGGACAGUGCCCGAGUUUCCAAAUGGUCAGUCCGCCCCU